UCUGUGUAAAAAAUAUGUAGCCCUUAGAAUGGCUGAUAGGCGGAGGAUGGGGAGGGGCCCCUGUCAAAACGCUCUAGGUCCUCCCUUUCCUCUUCCUCUCGGUUUCAUCAGGACCGGCCGGGAGGCGAGGCCGGGCCGCCCGCGCGUCGGGAGGGUCGCGGGCCUGGGCGCCGCCUGCUCGUUCGCCCCCGGCCGGGCUCUAGGGGGCGCUGCCGUGAGGCCGGCGGCGCGAGAACGCGCUUGCAUUUGGGCACCGCCGCGGCCCGUAGCCGGCGUCUCCAACAUGGCGGCUCCCCAAGAUGUCCACGUCCGGAUCUGUAACCAAGAGAUCGUCAAAUUCGACCUGGAGGUGAAGGCGCUUAUCCAGGAUAUUCGAGACUGUUCAGGACCAUUGAGUGCACUUACUGAACUGAAUAGUAAAGUGAAAGAGAAGUUUCAGCAGUUGCGGCACAGAAUACAGCCAGUUUUGGCAUUUAUUUGGACUGCUUCUAUGUUUUUUUGCUUUUUAAAGCUAGUUUAUUCCCUAAAAGACUUUUCUUCAACUCACAUGGCAUCAACUCUCCUUAAGUAUAAGUAUUUCUUUGAGCUUGAGCAGUCCGCUAAAGAGCAAGACAGAGAGUCAGAGAAGCAAGUUCUGCUCCAGGAGGUGGAGAAUCACAAAAAGCAGAUGCUCAGCAAUCAGACCUCCUGGAGGAAAGCUAACCUUACUUGCAAAAUUGCCAUUGACAAUCUAGAGAAAGCAGAACUUCUCCGGGGAGGAGACCUCUUAAGGCAAAGGAAAACCACCAAAGAGAGCCUGGCGCAGACGUCCAGCGCCAUCACAGAGAGCCUCAUGGGGAUCAGCAGGAUGAUGUCCCAGCAGGUCCAGCAGAGCGAGGAAGCCAUGCAGACGCUAGUCAAUUCUUCUCGGACUAUCCUGGAUGCAAAUGAAGAAUUUAAGUCCAUGUCGGGGACCAUCCAGUUGGGCCGGAAGCUCAUCACAAAAUAUAAUCGCCGAGAACUGACGGACAAGCUUCUCAUUUUCCUUGCGCUGGCCCUGUUUCUUGCGACAGUCCUCUAUAUUGUUAAAAAGCGGCUCUUUCCAUUUUUGUAACAUCUGAGAGCUGCCACUUUUGCCCUUUAAGCUCCGGUGUCAGGAUCCAGCCAUGCUCCUGAGCUCUGGCCCAGGCUGCCAAACCCAUCCGUGUCCCCCCAGUCAACUCCAGUUGCUCAGCAAGUCGGAUGGAAACACAGCUGCCCAGGUUUCUGCAGGAGGCUGGCUUGUAAGGGGCAAGCAGAGCAAGGCGAGGCCUGCCAUCAGAAUGCCUACAGGGACAUGGACUCCAAGAGCCGUCGCACACCAAGGGUGGCUGCCACAUGGGGCACCCCGAGGCCAGCCUCCAGCAUGUGAUGCUCUCUUUCCCACUGUGGUUUUGAUGCCAGGUCUGGUGGAGGGAAGAGAGAAGGGGGAAGAAAGACGAUGAAAACCCACGUCCAUUCCUUGAAUAAACUUGACUGUGUUUAACAGAGUGACAUGCAUUUGGUUGUAUAAGCUGUCCCCCUGGGAAUUUGUGUGCCUCUUUUGUGAUGUUCAGAUCUGUAGGACGUGAACUUAGAUCACUUAUUUGUUCAUUCAACAAAGAAUUAUUAAGCAACAGCCACACACAGUGGAUUACAGACACUGCUGACCAUUACAGAUCCCUUGGUAAAGCAGCCAUGGUCCCUCCCUCAAGGAGCAAGAAGAACAAGAUGCCUCAGACUCUGAGGAAGGAGCAUGCAAACAGCCCCUGCUGGAGGUGGCCACCCAACAUUUGAAGCGGCUGAGACAGACAGCUUCUCCUCUUGCUAUGCACUGUGGCCUGGCCUGGCCUGGGGGUGUGCAGUGUCUCAGGGGCCAGCCCAUGCCUUUCUCUUUGAGGUCCAGAACUAAAUAUAACCAAGGAGAGCAAAGCUAGUGAUCAGCUGAGGCCUGUCUGGGCCUGAGUUCUGUUGAGGCCAGGGGGCCAGGGCCUGGGCUAGGCCAGGCUGGAGCUGUUCGUUUCUCCUUGUGCUAUAGGCCCGGCUGACCUCGUACAUGGAAUGCCAGCCUGCCCCGCUAUUUAUAGCCCCAGAGAGGGAGUGUGGAGGCAGAGGGCAAAGUGGAACAAACAUGGACUUUGAAGCUUGGCUCAAAGACUUGGUUUUGAGUCUCAGCUCUAUUACUAGUGGACCACAUGACCGUGGGCAAGUUACUUUAUGUCACUAAGCCUCAGUUUCCCCACCUGUAAAGUGGGAGGUGAUAGUCCACGUAGACGCUCGUGGAGUCAAUUUGAGAAUCAAACAAGAGUAUAAAGUAGCAAGUGCAUCUUCUGUCUGACUGAGCAAUGGGCUUCCCCAGUGUGGCCACCUCCAGGACACUGGCCCCGGGGUUUCCUGCAGCAGACAGCCAGGGGCUUCAGGGGAAGCUGGCCAGGGCGUUGGCAGCUCUGUUUAGAUCUGUUUGAGGAGAGGGUGUCAACAGUUAAGGCCGUGGUUACGGAGUGCCAGAUUAUCAUGGGACCAAGUUGUAAGAGAGCGACUGCACACCUCGGACUAACUGGUUUAAUGUGUGGGUUCUGAGUUAAAGUGUGUGCACUAUAUAUAUCAUCCUUAAACAAUUUCUGGCCCCAGAAGACUGCACAUUGUGCACGCAUGUGUCUUAUUUAUAGUCAAAUUAAAGCUGAGAAUAAAGCACAGAUGGGAAAUUCCCACUCGGAUUCCAGCUGUAAGUGCAACAGA